GAUCCGACCCGAAACACCAGAUCCGAGAUCCAGAACCACAACCACCGCUACACGCAAUGCAAUCCCAGACCCCACUGCAUACACAACCCACCGCUAUUUAAAUUUCCUGAGAAUAUUGUAGAAACCAUGUCGCUCUAAUUCUCAAUCGAAAACUUAGGGUUUUUCCCCCAUUUUCAAUUCCGAUUCUUUCGAUCUUUGAUUGUUCUUAGGGUUAGGGCUGUUGUUGUUGCAGCAAAGAUGUCGUUGAGGCCAAAUGCUAGAACCGAGGUUCGUCGCAACCGUUACAAGGUGGCGGUGGAUGCCGAUGAGGGUCGUAGGAGGAGGGAGGAUAACAUGGUGGAGAUCCGGAAGAGUAAGCGAGAAGAGAGCCUACAGAAGAAGCGCCGUGAAGGCCUUCAAGCUCAGCGACAGUUCCCCACUCCUCUUCAAGCCUCCAUUGUCGAGAAGAAGUUAGAAAGCCUCCCUGCGAUGGUUGCUGGAGUGUGGUCAGAUGAUAACAGCCAGCAGUUGGAAGCGACCACGCAGUUUCGGAAGCUGCUCUCGAUUGAGCGCAGUCCCCCUAUUGAGGAAGUUAUUCAAGCUGGAGUUGUGCCUCGAUUUGUGGAGUUUCUUCUUAGGGAGGAUUUCCCUCAACUUCAGUUUGAAGCUGCAUGGGCUCUCACGAACAUAGCAUCUGGAACUUCUGAGAAUACCAAGGUGGUGAUUGAUCAUGGGGCAGUUCCGAUAUUUGUCAAGUUGCUUAGUUCGCCCAGUGAUGAUGUUCGGGAGCAGGCAGUGUGGGCGUUAGGAAAUGUUGCUGGCGACUCCCCCAGGUGUCGUGAUCUUGUUCUUGGCCAUGGUGCCUUAAUCCCACUGUUGGCCCAGUUGAACGAACAUGCAAAACUUUCAAUGUUGAGAAAUGCAACAUGGACCCUGUCAAACUUCUGCAGGGGCAAACCACAGCCGCCAUUUGAGCAGGUCAGGGCAGCACUUCCAGCUCUUGAGCGAUUAGUAUUUUCCAAUGAUGAAGAGGUCUUAACAGAUGCAUGCUGGGCGCUAUCAUAUCUUUCUGAUGGAACAAAUGACAAAAUCCAAGCUGUUAUUGAGGCUGGUGUAUGUGGCAGACUGGUGCAACUCCUUAUGCACCCAUCCCCUUCAGUGCUGAUUCCUGCACUUCGCACAGUGGGAAAUAUUGUAACCGGAGAUGAUAUUCAGACUCAGACUAUCAUCAAUCAUGGGGCUCUCCCGUGCCUUUUGAGUCUGUUGACACACAAUCAUAAGAAAAGCAUCAAGAAAGAAGCUUGCUGGACCAUAUCGAACAUUACAGCUGGAAACAGAGAACAGAUACAGGCUGUUAUUGAAGCUGGUCUGAUUAGCCCCCUUGUCAAUCUUCUUCAAAAUGCUGAGUUUGACAUUAAAAAGGAAGCGGCAUGGGCAAUCUCAAAUGCUACGUCUGGUGGUACCCAUGAGCAGAUCAAGUAUUUGGUGAGCCAGGGUUGCAUUAAACCACUCUGUGAUCUGCUUGUUUGUCCGGACCCAAGAAUUGUCACUGUCUGUUUAGAAGGUCUUGAGAACAUUCUGAAGGUUGGGGAAGCUGAAAAGAGUUUGGGUAACACUGGAGAUGUCAACUUGUAUGCUCAGAUGAUAGAUGAUGCGGAAGGAUUGGAGAAAAUUGAAAACCUGCAGAGUCAUGACAACAAUGAAAUAUAUGAAAAGGCUGUUAAAAUUCUUGAAACAUACUGGUUGGAAGACGAUGAUGACACACUACCUACAGGAGAUGGUGCUCAACCUGGUUUUAACUUUGGGAACGAGCUUCCAGUCCCAUCUGGUGGAUUCAACUUUAGUUGAAGACUGUUGUGUGGGAACCAGGUUGGAUGGAGCAGGGUUGAUGCUAGGGUAAACUGUUGGAGUCGAGUCUGGGGUGGGGUGGGGUUGGGGGCCAGGGGGUGAGUUCGGUCAGUUUGGUCCUUGCACUUCAUGGUGUCUGGUUUAAGUCUGGUCUUGUGUCCGUGGUUAAUGAGGUGCUGGGGUGGGUCAGUUUAACUACCAAGUCCAAAUAAGAAGGGUGGUGGUGGGUUCAACAGCAGCAUAAUGACCUUGUUAGAAGUUUAUGUCGUGUUAAAAAUACAUAUGCUGUGGGCAUAUAUAACUAUUGGAAGGUUCUAUGUUGCAGUAGCAGGGACCGUAUUAUAUGGCAGUGGAUGGGUUUUCCUCGAAUGCGGCUUUUGAGUCCUAUUUUUUAUUGAGUCGUGUAGUUUUAUUGGUAAUUUAUUAUACAGAGUCAGUAUUUGAUUUGAGUGGAUACAGUAUUCAGAAACCGUGGUUGUAUUCAAAUGAAAGAAUUAGAAUAUUUUUGUGCUUGCAUUUCUCCGUUGGGCUAUUCUGAAGCAUUUUCUCUCGCACAAUUCAAAUCAGGGGCCUAGAAUGCGUUGUGUCAAUAAGAAGCCUAAAUCGAGAUUGCUGCCUGAAGCACAAACUCUCAUUAGGAGAGCUGAAAAUUGUAUGACCCCAAUGGAAGGAAUAUGUAUCAAGUGUAGUCAAUUUGUCAGACUAUGUUACAACAACAGUUUGUUAUUUCUGUGAAAGUUGUCUUUUUGCUUAAA